GCCGCCCGACACGGUCACACCGCUCGAGAAGUAGAGAAAAAAAGAAGGCGACGAAUCAAAAGCAGCAAGCAGCAAGCAAAAUCGACGCCGCACGUACCGGGAGCAUUUAAAUAAUUUUUUCUGUGGAUUAAUUUAACCGAAAAGGCUUCAACACAAUGACUGAGCGCGAGAACAAUGUGUACAAGGCAAAGCUGGCCGAACAGGCCGAGCGCUACGAUGAAAUGGUGGAGGCCAUGAAGAAGGUCGCCUCCAUGGACGUCGAGCUGACUGUCGAGGAGCGAAACCUGCUGUCGGUGGCGUACAAGAAUGUGAUCGGAGCACGACGUGCCUCGUGGCGCAUCAUCACCUCGAUCGAACAGAAGGAGGAGAACAAGGGAGCCGAGGAGAAGCUGGAGAUGAUCAAAACCUACCGGGGACAGGUUGAGAAGGAGCUGCGCGACAUCUGCUCGGAUAUACUGAACGUGCUCGAGAAGCAUCUCAUUCCAUGCGCCACAUCCGGCGAAAGUAAAGUAUUCUACUAUAAGAUGAAGGGCGACUACCAUCGCUACCUGGCCGAGUUCGCUACCGGUUCGGAUCGCAAGGAUGCGGCGGAGAACUCGCUGAUUGCCUACAAGGCGGCCAGCGAUAUUGCCAUGAACGAUCUGCCCCCAACACACCCCAUCCGCUUGGGCUUGGCAUUGAACUUCUCGGUGUUUUACUAUGAGAUACUCAACUCGCCGGACCGCGCUUGCCGAUUGGCGAAAGCCGCUUUCGAUGAUGCCAUUGCCGAGUUGGAUACGCUGAGUGAAGAGAGCUACAAAGACUCGACACUCAUCAUGCAGCUGCUGCGGGACAACCUCACAUUAUGGACGUCCGAUAUGCAGGCAGAAGAAGUAGACCCCAACGCAGGUGAUGGCGAGCCCAAAGCAGAAAUCCAGGAUGUUGAGGAUCAGGAUGUGUCGUAAUUUAAGUAAACCCCCGCCCUUCCAUUUAAAACACAUUAUAUACCUUCUAAAGUAAAUAUAAUACCAUAUAAUAUAUAUGCAUACAACAACAACAACAAAAACAACACGACAGCAACAUCAACAACAUGGAAACAACACGGCAACAACCACAACAUCCGCAAUCAACGAACGACAACAAUAGCAGACGAGUAUACAAGUAGCAACAGCAGCGGCAUCAGCAACAUAAGCAGCAACAACAACAAGCAAACCAGCAAGCAACAAUAUGUCAUCAACAAUAAACAACAUGGAAAACAACAGCACAAAAACAGAAAAAAACCAAACAAAAUGUUUGAAAAUUGGGCGUACUGGUGGGCGUGGCGCGGCUGUUGCUGCGGCAUGGAAUCGCAACCUAAAGAAUUCGCGGCACUAUUUUUUGUCGUCGUUGGGCGAUGUGGCUCCUCCACGUUAGAAACAAACUGCAGCAUCAACUCUACUACAUUUGAAAUUUUUGCAUUCGAGAAACCAAGCAUUAUAUUAUAUUUAAAUAAAUAUUAUAUUUAAUUAUGAGAAGCAAAAAACAAAACAAAUAAACUUCAUUUAAACCACAAAAAAAAAACAAAUCAAAUAAGAAAAUAACGAAAGUCAAAACACUUAACGAAAAUUGAGAAACAAUCACACACGAGUAAAUCACAAAGCAAAUUUCAUCGAGUUGGCAUGCAUUAAUUUUUAAACUUUAAAAAACAACAACAGCAACACGUAAAAUACAACUUUAAUUUUAAGCCAAUAAUAAACGUGAGAACGAGGAAAUAAAAACGAAAAACGAUUUAAUAAGCGCAAACGUAAAAGUAAAACAUAAAGUCGAAAAUGUAAGGAAAAAUACAGCAAUUAAUUUAAAUUUAAUACAAGAAUAAAACGUAAAAGGAGUAAACGAAACGAAAUGAGCAAACAGAAUGAAAGACGCAAAUAAAGCUAAAAACUAUAUUAAAUGAGAAAAAGGAAUGUUAGUUAAGCGAAAUUCAAAACGAAUUCUUAAGCUUAAAUUUGUAUGUAUGUAAGUGUACUGUUCAAACACCGACACACCCACUCGCAUACAAUCGCACACACACAGACACACACACCGCCCACUCGCACAGACGCCCACAAUACGCAUACGAACCGUUUGUUUUCUCUUAACGUUUCCUUGCUCUCUUUCACUCACUCACACUCCCACACACUGGUCAUUAUGCAUGGUCAAAUUUAAACAAAUCGAACGGGAAUUUGGUUGAUUUCUGUUUUUCGCUUUUCGUUUUCUGUUCUCCAUCGCAAUCGCAACAAUUUUUCUCAUCAUCUCUUACCUUGCGCAACAAAGAAAACAUAUUAAUAAUAUAGAAAAGUAUUUGUAGUUGCUAAAUACAAAAAACAAAAAGAAUACAAAAACAAAAAAAAACAA